CACGGUGCCGUAAGAGCUUCUUUCUUCCUGUUUGUACAUGGUUUAUUUUGAAAUUCUGAUUACUAAUUAAAAGUUUAUUCUGCGUUAAUACAUUUAUAUAAAAUGUCUUGGGGAGGUCAGCCACCAAAUCAAUACGGUGGUUAUGGAGCUGGGCAGGCCGGGCAGGGGCAGGCUGGUUACGGGGCACCACAAGGGUACCAGCAGCAGAGAGCACCCGGGCCCCCACCUUCAAACCAGCUGUACGGGGGACAGCAGGGAUAUGGAAACCCAGGCGGGCAACAGCAGGGUUAUGGUGCACCUGCAGGAUACAGACCUCCAGGACAACAGCAACAGGGUUAUGGUGCACCUGCUGGCCAGUAUGGCCAGCCAGGUGGUCAGUAUGGCCAGCCAGGGGGUCAACCAGGUGGACAGUAUGGGGCACCCCAGGGGCAGUUUGGUGGGUUCCAGCCUGCGGGUUAUGGACAGCCAGCCCCACCCCCUGGCGUUAGCCAGGAAGUGUGGGGAUGGUUCCAGGCUGUAGAUGGAGAUCGUAAUGGUAAAAUCACUUCUGAAGAGUUGCGACAGGCUCUACACAAUGGGAACUGGUCGCCUUUCAAUGCUGAAACCUGUAGGCUCAUGGUCGGCAUGUUUGACAAAGACAGGAGUGGAACAAUAGAUGUGCAGGAGUUUGCAGCGUUAUGGAAAUAUGUCCAAGACUGGAAGUCCUGCUUUGACCGAUUUGACACUGAUCGGUCUGGAAAUAUUGACGCAGGAGAGCUGAGCAAUGCAUUCAGAACAUUUGGUUACAAUUUGUCUCCUCAGUUUUGUGACGUGGUUGUACGGACGUUUGAUCGACGCGGGGCGCGGAACAUCCAGUUUGAUGACUUUAUACAGGCUUGUGUGCUCCUGAAAACCCUCACAGACAAGUUCCGGGCCAAGGACACACAACAGAAUGGCACAGUCAGGAUCAGUUAUGAGGAGUUCUUAGAAAUGGUUUUGGAUACAACAUUAAUCAAAGGAGCGACAUAAACUUCAGCUUUCCAUUUCCUUUCUUGCAUGUGACCAGUAAAACUUCCAAUGAUAGGACUGUGAUUAUACUGUAAAGAAUUGAUAUUAAAGAUGACAAUACUGUGGAACUGUUGUUACCCCUAUCUACAUAUAUAUCUAACAACAAUUACAAUGUAUGUGUGCUUUAUGCUUGUUGUCUAAGUGAGAAUAAUCAGUGGUGUGUAUAACAUAACGUUGAAGUAAUUUACUCCGUGUUUUGAUUACAGUUUUUGGAAAUGGCUCUCGACGUUAAAGUAUGAGGAACCAAUCAUCAGAAGAGUUAUAUGCCGCGAGUAUGUGUUAAUGUUGUUAUUGUCUUUUGACUGAAUCACUGUUUUUACAUAUCAAAUGUUUUAAAUGUUCCUCUAACUUACAUGUUGAAGCAGUGACUGAUAAAUUCUAGUUCUAAAUGUUCAGAAUGAUAUUUUUUUAUGAAAACGUGAAAAAAAAUCUAUUUUGUGUCAAUGAUUAGACAUGAAAUGUAACAUGCGGAUAAUUUGUACACAUUUUUGUUUUCCAUGUGUUGUGACUGGCCAUGUGCACUUUACUAUCUGUGACACUGCUGUUACCAUGUACCAUACUUUGAUUAUGUAUGCUGUAAGUUAUGUACUACAUCACAGGAUUUUUACAUCCGAUAGUGCUUGUUAAGUCUGAUCUGUUAAGAGAUUUUACCAAAAUUACUUUAUGGAUAACUUAAUAUUUUUUUUAUCUAAAUCACAAGUUAGUUAAUGUGUUAUGUUUCACAUUGAAUGCAUAACAAAUUUUUAGCUUGGUUGAAAUUAUUGAAUUAUGUUCUCAAAUUUUCACUUCUAUAAUUUAUGUAUAUAUGCUAACAGAAAUGUUCUAAGGCCAUUGUUUUUGUUCCAAUAUUGUUGUUGUAAACAAUGUUAAUAAGAUUCAGAUUGCUUUCAUUGCUGGCUUCCCUUUGCUCUCUCUAAUGAAACAAGUUUACAGUAUGCUGUAUUAAUAAACUGCAUACUGGUAUCUUAUUAAGCUAUUCUAUGAUAUGGUACUGUAUUUCUUGAGUGUUAAAUACAAAAGAAAAAAUAACGUAAACAAAUAAUUUGUUGGUAUGUGAGAUGAUGAUGAAUCAUGGGUUAGUGACUUUGUGUGUCUUAUAUAAGUGUGAUGUAAAUGUAUAUGGACCUUUCUAUUUUUUACCUAUACUACAUGUUAUACAUUCAUGUCCAAUGAACUUCAUCUCUAUCAUUAUGGUUAGUGCAUCCAUCAAUCAUAACAUUGUAUGAUGCUCAGUAGUAUCAAGUAAUAAAGAUAAUUGAAAUA